GAAACAGUACGACGUACGAGUACGAUUUACCAUGCUGAGUGCGAAAAACCGCUUUCAUAUCAAAUCCACAAGGAAAUUUUAUGAUAAUGUCUCACUCUGUAUAUAAGUUCGAUGUAGUCUAUUGUUAUAACCUCAAUUUAUUUUACAUGCUUUUCGAAAAGCAAAACAAAAAAUGGCCAUGAAGACCAAAAGGUUAUUAAUUGAAACCGACGAUACCAAAAUAGACAGCGACGACGAAGUAGGUUCUGAAGGCGAAAUUAGCAAUGAGGAAGAAGCCGAGGUUUCAGACGAUGGUGAAGAUGACCAGACUAAUUCUGGUUGGGCAGAUUCUAUUGCUAAGAUAUUAAAGACAAAUAAGCCACAAGGCAAAAAAACUGUGGUUUUAUCAAAAGCUAGAAAAAUCACGGAUUUAAAAAAGAAGAAAGCCAAAAGCGAUGCUGGAUUUGAAAUAGAAACAGAAGACGGGCGGAUACGAACAGGAACUAUUGAAGAGUCUUCUGACGAGGAUGAACCAAAAGCAAAGAAACGAAAAGAUUUACCAUCAUAUCGUGUGAAACCCAACAUAUUAGACAAGGAUCGUGAACGUACACUCUCCAAAAUUGCCACAAAAGGUGUUGUUCAGUUAUUUAAUGCCGUUAAAAAACAACAAAAGGAUAUCGACUCAAAAUUAAAGGAUGCAGGUUCUUUGGAAGUUAAAAAGGAUAAAGUUUUAAAAAAUAUAAAUAAAAAGGAGUUUUUGAAUGUUUUGAUGGGUGGACAACAAAAUGUUAAAAAAGGGAAAGUUAAACAGGCUAAGGCUAAAGCAGAACCAGAAGAUGCACCUUCAUGGAACGUACUUAGAGAUGACUUUUUAAUGUCUGCCAAAAUGAAAGAUUGGGAUAAGAAACUGGAAGAUGAAUUAGACAUUAAGGAAGAUGAUGAUGAUUGAGUUUUUAUCUUAAGAAAGUGAUAUUUAAUAAAAAUAUUUUAUCAUAAUAAAA